AUGAUCUCGGAUAGCCAUAGCAGAGGCCUUUCGGCCACAAAGCGAGCGUUCACUCGACCCGCCAACCUCCAUCUCGCUUGGUCCACCACCAAAUCCGUCGCUUCUCCAUUCAGUCACAGUUCCUCGUUCUCCUCGGCUACGCCCUCUCAAAUUUCAAUCACCUCUUCUAGCUCGACUAACGUCAAGCAGCUUCCUUUCCAGUCUUCACCAAUAGUACGCAUCGACAGACCGCUCUCAUCUCAUCCUUACAGCUCCUUCGUCGCACGACCAGCAGAGAACGAAUGGAUAGCUGAGCUUCAGCCCCGGAUUCAUUCGAGCAUGCACCGGAGUCCCUCGACGCACUCCAGCAGAUCUUCCCUUUCGCGUAGAGGAGAAUCGUCCAAGUCUGUGCUGAAGAGUGGUCACCUGACUUGGAAAGUCAACAGCGACAGCUCCGGCAGAAAAGGAGCGCUCAGUGGAUUCGAGAAGGCUUUACGCAGAAGACAGGCAGUUCGAGACCAUCCUCCAGUCAACGACAAAUUUGUCUUCGUCAAGCUUUAUCAAGAACAACCUUCGACCGAUGAUAUCGUCUUCACUACACCAUGCUACGGCAAGCCUGCUUCAGAGCAACCUUUCGCGUCCGAACCUUUCUUGGCCAGUCCGGGCGCUUGCGAUCCAUCCGCAUUCGACAACGAUGGACUGUCGUCGCUGAUCUCCCCACCAAUCCCAUCCAGCCUAUCUGACCUCAAUCGAUGGGUGCCACCACCGAGCUGGGAUGUUUUCGCCUCAGCGUCCGACGACCACGAUUCCCAGUCCAGAUCGUCCAGCUCCUCAGCUUCAGAUCCUUUGCAAACACCGCAAUCAUCCAAUCCGGGCAGUCCGAAAGAGCGCGAGAUCUUGCUCGACAUUCACUGGCAAGAAGUACCUCGUACUCGAAGACCUUCUGGCUCACAUGACCCGUUGCUGAUGCGACUGCGCAUCACUCACGAAAGCACGGCUGAGAUCCAGUCGAGCUCAACUGAUGUGGACAACGCCACGCACUAUUGUGACAAGCAACUCGUCGUCACUGGCGAGCUUGUCACACAGGCUCGAUCACAAGACUUUUCACUCGAAGCAGGACCACAGCGAAAGCAGCGUAGCAGCGGCCAAACCGCAACUUGUAUUCUGAGUUCUCCCAACUUGGCCGAGCUGAAAGAGUGGCUGUUUAGUAUCGAGGACGCUAUCAUUCAAUGCAAGCGCACCAGCUCUCACCAUUUUCACACUCUUCAGUCAGACGGCUCUAUCCUCGACACCAUCCGUCUCCACGAGGAGAGCGAGGAAGUCCUUAACGACAACAUCAGGUGUCGAAGACCCAAAGGAUUUCAAUCAGCGCCCAUGGCUUCCUCUCGCUCUCUCCCUUCAGCAAGCCUAUACCCUUCAUCAGCAGCCAUCCAGAGUGCGAGAGGCCCAGACUUUUCCCCAUCAACAUUCAUCGACUACUACGCUGCAAGCUCUGGAUCCACCACAACUCUUCCCAACAGUCAAGCCACAACUCCUUCCACCUCAGAUCCGGCCGGGUUGUACGACUUCGAAGAUGCCUACGCUAGCAUCCUCGCCCGCUUCUCCGACUACGAUAUAUCCUCUCCACUGGACAGACUACCGUCGGCACCACUAGACGGCUUCGUACAGCACGCAAGAUCGGGAGGAUUGCUAGAUGUGCCUGUGUCGCCUUGCAACUCCGACUUUCAGGAAUGCCCUUGGGAAGAACAACAGCAGGAACCGACAAGUCCUUUGGACCCUUGGCUGACGCAGCACGGGAUGAGGGUGAGUUUCAGCGUAGCAAGUGCAUGUAUGGAAGAGUUUGCGGAUAAAGAAGUGAUGAAGAUCUUUGCUGAGGGUUUUAGGAGGAGGUCUUCGGCUGGACUACCGGCCGAUAGUCAUCAUCACUGA